GUACUGCUUACUUGCAUGGAGAAGGGUGUAGAUUGGACUGAACAGCUUGACGCUUAAAUUUGAUUGCUGAUCCUGGUGUCUGAUUAUCACAUAAAGGCACGAAGAAGGAAAAGAUGAAAUGCUCAUAUCUACUUAGCAGAGCUUUCACUUUCUCUCCACCUAUGCGGGCUGAAGAGGUGGAAGAUACAGUGCCGAUGUCAACACAGGACCGUUUGUAUGACCGGGCAGCCAGAGUCAUCCAAAGAACAUGGAGGAAGCACGCUAACAUUGUUGUUUUCAAAUACUUCAAGAAUCUCGUGAACUUCAGAAAUCAAGGUGAUCCACGUCUCCUGCUUAAAUAUGUCAACCCCAGAGAGGCUGAUAUUUUGGAUGCUGCUUCAGGAGUCUACAUACGAUUCAGACUUGGUGGAACCAGCUUUCCCCCAAACAUCUACUAUAAAAUCUUCACACACCGACCGAUAGUGGACAUGUGUGCCAACAGCCCCAAGGACUACACACAUGCCGGGCAGAAGAGAGCCGUCGCACAGCAGGUCCAUAACGGUGUGCCGCUGGUUCAGGAUGAUCGUUCGGGUUGGUACCAUCGGGUGGAGAACAACGGCUGGAGGCUGCUGUCUGGCAAGAUUUGUCUUCAUGGAGACCCCAUCACUCAAGACACAAACUGCAAAAGGAUUGAAUUCCACCACUGCAAACUCAUUCGACGGCAAGACGCUAAGAGAAAGAAGAAGAUCCGAAAAAUUGAGUGGAUGAAAAAAAUGUACGAUGAAGGGGCUCUGCACACUCACACUCAGCACAGAGACACAGCUGUGCUGGUGGAGAAUUCAGCUAAGGGUAUGACGUGUGCAGUCGAGCAGACUGGACCCGGCACCAUUACGGACUGGGAGGUAGACGAGCUGAUCGAGUGGACCAGUGCCCUCAACUUUGAUGAGUAUAUAAACGAAUGGAAGAUUGUGGGUACCAGUAAAUCUUCAAUGCUUCAGAAAGCCCCAGGAGUUCUCCCAGCUCACGCAGGACAGCAGUAGCGUCCUCCCUGCUCAUGUCUCCAGUCUGAAUCAAUCAGAUUACUCAAGAGGCGUCAUCUGAGAGAGCAUCAUGUGAUACAAUACAAUACAAUCAGCACUUAUCUAUUAGCCACAAGAGAGCACACUGUUAUUUUCACUGAUCACUGUUGUUCACUGACAACCAAUCACGGAUCACCGUUGUUCACUACAACCAAUCACGGAUCACUGUUGUUCACUACAACCAAUCACUGAUCACCAUUGUUCACUACAACCAAUCACGGAUCACUGUUGUUCACUACAACCAAUCACGGAUCACUGUUGUUCACUACAACCAAUCACUGAUCACUGUUGUUCACUACAACCAAUCACGGAUCACCAUUGUUCACUGACAACCAAUCACGGAUCACUGUUGUUCACUACAACCAAUCACCAAUCACCAUUGUUCACUGACAACCAAUCACUGAUCACUGUCGUUCGCUACAACCAAUCACGGAUCACCAUUGUUCACUGACAACCAAUCACUGAUCACUGUCGUUCGCUACAACCAAUCACGGAUCACCAUUGUUCACUGACAACCAAUCACUGAUCACUGUCGUUCGCUACAACCAAUCACGGAUCACCAUUGUUCACUACAACCAAUCACUGUUCACCAUUGUUCACUGACAUCCAAUCACUGACCACCAUUGCUCACUACAACCAAUCACUGAUCACCAUUGUUCAUCCAUUCACACACUUCCAUGCAGCUUGUCGUGUUACCAGGAAAUCACAAAGCCUUCCAACCUAAAGAAUUUCCUGUGUUGAAGAAGUCGCAGCUUUACAUCUCACAAAGCGCUGACACUGGAGACUCCUUCCGUAAAUGUCUCUUCACAGAAAACUUCACCGUAUGAAAUUCUUGGCGAUAUUUACAGUAAUAAAAGUGAGUUAUUCCAUCCGUAGCUGUUUCCUUGGUGUCUCUUUUCAGACCCCUCGCUACCAUCGCUUCAUUUUUUGGUGUUCUUGAUAGGAAUUUGUAUACAUUUCAGACAGUUCUUCACAGAAUUUUGUA